AUGGCCCCCCGGAGCCGCGGGCGGCUGGAGCGGAGCUACGUGGUGGGCAUCUGCUGCCUGGUGCUGCUGGAGCCCGGCCGGGCGUGGGGCGCUGAGCCCAGCCCGGGGGGGCCCGGGGAUAGAGGAGGCAACGGGAGCCAGGCACCGGCGGUGGAGGACGUGGCCCCCGCGCCCACCGAGCCCAGCCCGGGUGGGGACCGCUGCCGGGGCUACUACGACGUGAUGGGGCAGUGGGACCCGCCGUUCAACUGCAACGCCGGCAUCUACCAGUACUGCUGCGGGACCUGCGGGUACCGCUUCUGCUGCCAGUUCAAGCCCGGGCGGCUGGACCAGAGCGGCUGCUCCAACUACGACACCCCCAACUGGGUGAACACGGGCCAGCCGCCCGCCCGGGUGGACGAGCCCCCCGAGGACCCCGCGCGGGACAGGACCAACAUGAUCGUCUACGUCAUCUGCGGCGUGGUGGCCGUCAUGGUGCUGGUGGGCAUCUUCACCAAGCUGGGCCUGGAGAAGGCGCAGGGCCCCCAGACGGAGAUGACCGUCUCCAGGACGCUCACCGACCUGCUGAAGCAGCCAGGCCACGGCCCCUCCGAGCACAUCGACGGCCUCAUGGGCAGCGUGCAGGUGCAGCUGGGCGAGGGGCUCGCCCGGGGGUCCCCCAGGAGCAGCGCAGACAAGCUGCCCCUGAACAACGCGGUGGCCAGUGCCGGCGUCCCCCCGCUGGGGCGGCCCCACAGCCACGGCAAGCGCCUGCUGCUGGCGGGCAGCCUGCCCCCGACGGCCCCCGGCUACAGCGCCUAUGCCACGCUCACGACUGGAGAGAGCAUCCCCGAGGACUUCUACAGGCAUUUCGGGGGGCCAGAGGUGCCCCCCCCCAGCACCCUGCCCUUCCCACAUGCCGAGGGGCCGGGGCUGCCUGAGGGCUGCCCCCCACUGGGGGCCACCAAGACCAAGGGCCCCCCCAAGCCGUCAGAGGGCUGGGAGGGGGGCCCUCAGCGCGGCCCCCGCCGGCCGGGCCCCGCCACCCUGCUGUACGGGCAGACCUCGCGGCACCUCGCCACCAACAGCAAGACCGAGGUCACCGUCUGA